AUGACAGGAGGAGAAGACGGGCUAAACCCCCGCCUCCAUCCUCUUUACCAUGGAAGAACGGGAAGGCUGCCGGCAUCGGUCGCUGAAUAUGGCUGGCAUACGCUGUGGGCGAGCCCCGAGUGGAAAUAUUACCGUGGUGAAAAUCGGCGGACUUCUGGUGGACCUGGGUUGUUUGGUGGAGUGGUGGUGAAGCGUUUGACCGCAGGGGAUUGUCCAGCGACCUGUGGAGAAAAGGAAAAAGUGAAACCUUACCUGUACCAUACUUGCUGUAUGCCGUCUCACGCUGGAGAGCAACCUGUGGAGAAAGGGAACAAGUGGAACCUUACCUGCCCCAUACUUACUGUAAGCGGGCCCCAGUUUGGAGAGGAGGAAGAGGAGGGCGCCACGGGAUUACAAAACCAGGCGGAGGAGCCUGAGUUGCACACCCCUUGCAGUGCCUUGGAUCCCGGACACCUGAUCCCAUCCCCCCCCACGGCCCACCUGGAGGAUAAGAGAGUGAUCGUGGGUUUACGCAUACGGGUCCAGAGCAUAGCCAGUAAUGAAGAAACAAUAAAUGCUAUACAGAAUUGUACAACUAGUGAAAAUUACAACAUCAACAUCAACAAAACCACAGACAACAACAGCAACAAAGCUACGGACCACCACCAUAAUUCCAAAAACAACACCACCACUACAGACUACAAUAAGAGAGUCACCAACCACCCUCGCCAUCCCAACAACAACACAGAUGACAAUAAGAGAGUUACCAACCAACACCACCACUGUCCCAACAACAGCAACAACAACAAUAGAAUCACAGAUUACAACAACCAUGACAGAGUCAACGACCACCACCACAGUUGCCCCAACGACAACAACAGCACUGUCUACGACAAUGUCACCAUCCAUGACCACAGCUGCCCCAAUGAAAACAACACAGUCACCCACUACCACCACAAUUACCCCAACAACAACAACACGGUCAUCCACCACCACCACGGCUGCUGCAACGACAACAACAGCACAGCUAAUUACAGAGACACCGACCACAACCACAUCUGCCCCAAUGACAACGACAGUGUCACUGACCACCACCAUGGCUGCCCCAAUGACAACGACAGUGUCACCGACCACCACUACAAUUGCCCCAACAUCAAAAAGAGCACAGCCUACGACAAAGACAGUGGCACCGACCAUUACAACAACCACAGUUGCCCCAACAACAACAAAAGCAGAGCCUACGACAGUGUCACUUACCACCACCACAGUUGCCCCAAUGACAACAACAGCACAGACUACGACUACGACAGUGGCACAGAACACCACCACUUUUGCCCCAACGACAACAACAGCACAGUCUACGACAAAAACAGUGUCACGGACCACGACCACAGUUGCGCCAACAACAAUGACAGAGUCACCGCCCCCCACCACAGUUGCCCCAACGACAACAACAGCAGAGCCUACAACAGUGGCACCGACCACCACCACAGCUCCUCAAACCACAACAACAGCAAAGCCUACGACAACGACAGUGGCACAGACCACCACCACAGUUGCCCCAAUGACAACCACUGCACAGCCUACGACAACGUCAGUGUCACCGACCACCACCAUAGUUACCCCAACGACAACAGCAGCAGAGCCUACGACAACGACAGUGGCACAGACCACCACCACAGUUGCCCCGACGACAACAACAGCACAGUCUACGACAAGGACAGUAGCACCGACCACCACCACAAUUGCCCCAACGACAACCACUGCACUGCCUACGACAACAACAGUGUCACCGACCACCGACACAGUUGCCCCAACGACAACAACAGCAGAGCCUACAAUGGUGUCACUGACCACCACCACAGUUUCCCCAACGUCAAUAGCAGCACAGCCUACGACAACGACAGAGGCACCGACCACCACCACAAUUGCCCCAACGACAACAACAGCAGAGCCUACAACAACGACAGUGUCACCAACCACCACCACAAUUGUCCCAAUGACAUCAACAACACAGCCUACGACCACCACCACACACAGUCUACGAAAACCAGAGUGUCACCGACCACCACCAUAGUUGCCCCGACGACAACAACAGCACAGUCUACAACAACGACAGUGGCACCGACCACCACCACAGUUAACCCAACGACAACAACAGCACAGCCUACAACAACGACAGUGGCACAGACCACCACCACAGUUGCCACAACAACUGCACAGUCUACAACAACAACAGUGGCACCGACCACAACCACAGCUGCCCCAACGACAACAGCAGCAGAGCCUACGACAACGACAGUGGCACAGACCACCACCACAGUUGCCCCGACGACAACAAAAGCACAGUCUACGACAACGACAGUGGCACCGCCCACCACCACAGUUAACCCAACGACAACAACAGCACAGCCUACGACAACGACAGUGGCACAGACCACCACCACAGUUGCCCCGACGACAACAACAGCACAGUCUACGACAACGACAGUGGCACCGACCACCACAAAAGUUAACCCAACGACAACAACAGCACAGCCUACGACAACGACAGUGGCACAGACCACCACCACAGUUGGCCCAACAACAACAACAGCCCAGUCUACAACAACAACAGUGGCACCGACCACAACCACAGCUGCCCCAACGACAACAGCAGCAGAGCCUACGACAAUGACAGUGGCACAGACCAACACCACAGUUGCCCCGACGACAACAACAGCACAGUCUACGACAACGACAGUGGCACCGACCACCACCACAGUUGCCCCAACAACAACCACUGCACUGCCUACGACAACAACAGUGUCACAGACCACCGACACAGUUGCCCCAACGACAACAACAACAGAGCCUACAACAGUGUCACUGACCACCACCACAGUUUCCCAAACGUCAAUAGCAGCACAGCCUACAACAACGACAGUGGCAACGACCACCACCACAAUUGCCCCAACGACAAUAACAACAACAACAACAGUUUGCCCCAACGACAACAACAGCAGAGCCUACGACAACCAGAGUGUCACCGACCACCACCACAGUUGCCCCGACGACAACAACAGCACAGUCUACGACAACGACAGUGGCACCGACCACCACCACAGUUGCCCCAGCGACAACAACAGCACAGCCUGCGACAAUGACAGUGGCACAGACCACCACCACAGUUGCCCCAACGACAACAACAGCACAGUCUACGACAACGAGAGUGUCACCGACCACCACCACAGUUGCCCCAAAGACAACAACAGCAAAGUCUACAACAACGACAGUGGCACCGACCACCACCACAAUUGUCCCAACGACAACAACAGCAGAGCCUACAACAACGACAGUGUCACCAACCACCACCACAAUUGUCCCAAUGACAACAACAACACAGCCUACGACCACCACCACAUUGCCCCAACGACAAAAACAGCACAGUCUACGACAACCAGAGUGUCACCGACCAUCACCAUAGUUGCCCCGACGACAACAACAGCACAGUCUUUGACAACGACAGUGGCACCGACCACCACCACAGUUAACCCAACGACAACAACAGCACAGCCUACGACAACGACAGUGGCACAGACCACCACCACAGUUGCCCCAACGACAACAACAGCACAGUCUACAACAACAACAGUGGCACCGACCACAACCACAGCUGCCCCAACGACAACAGCAGCAGAGCCUAGGACAACGACAGUGGCACAGACCACCACCACAGUUGCCCCGACGACAACAACAGCACAAUCUACGACAACGACAGUGGCACCGACCACCGACACACCUACGACAGUGGCACCGACCACCACCACAAUUGCCCCAACGACAACAACAGCAGAGCCUACAACAACGACAGUGUCACCAACAACCACCACAAUUGUCCCAACGACAUCAACAACACAGCCUAUGACCACCACCACAGCUGCCACCACCACAGUUGCCCCAACGACAACAACAGCAGAGCCUACAACAACCAGAGUGUCACCGACCACCACCACAGUUGCCCCGACGACAACAACAGCACAGUCUACGACAACGACAGUGGCACCGACCACCACCACAGUUGCCCCAACAACAACCACUGCACUGCCUAUGACAACGACAGUGUCACCGACCACCACCACAGUUGCCCCAACGACAACAACAGCACAGCCUACGACAACGACAGUGGCACUGACCACCACCACAGUUGGCCCAACGACAACAACAGCACAGCCUACGACAACGACAGUGGCACAGACCACCACCACAGUUGCCCCAACGACAACAACAACAGUGGCAACGACCACAACCACAGCUGCCCCAACGACAACAGCAGCAGAGCCUACGACAACGACAGUGGCACAGACCACCACCACAGUUGCCCCGACGACAACAACAGCACAGUCUACAACAACAACAGUGGCACCGACCACAACCACUGCACUGCCUAUGACAACGACAAUAUCACCGACCACCGACACAGUUGCCCCGACGACAACAACAGCAGAGCCUACAACAGUGUCACUGACCACCACCACAGUUUCCACAACGUCAAUAGCAGCACAGCCUACGACAACGACAGUGGCACCGACCACCACCACAAUUGCCCCAACGACAACAACAGCAGAGCCUACAACAACGACAGUGUCACCAACAACCACCACAAUUGUCCCAACGACAUCAACAACACAGCCUACGACCACCACCACAGCUGCCACCACCACAAUUGCCCCAACGACAACAACAGCAGAGCCUACGACAACCAGAGUGUCACCGACCACCACCACAGUUGCCCCGACGACAACAACAGCACAGUCUACGACAACGACAGAGCCACCGACCACCACCACAGUUGCCCCAACGACAACAACAGCACAGCCUACGACAACGACAGCGCCACUGACCACCACCACAGUUGGACCAACGACAACAACAGCACAGCCUACAACAACGACAGUGGCACAGACCACCACCACAGUUGCCCCAACGACAACAACAGCACAGUCUACAACAACAACAGUGGCACCGACCACAACCACAGCUGCCUCAACGACAACAGCAGCAGAGCCUACGACAACGACAGUGGCACAGACCACCACCACAGUUGCCCCGACGACAACAACAGCACAGUUUACGGCAACGACAGUGGCACCGACCACCACCACAGUUGCCCCAACGACAACAACAGCACAGCCUACGACAACGACAGUGGCACAGACCACCACCACAGUUGCCCCAACGACAACAACAGCACAGUCUACGACAACGAGAGUGUCACCGACCACCACCACAGUUCCCCCAAAGACAACAACAGCAAAGUCUACAACAACGACAGUGGCACCGACCACCACCACAAUUGCCCCAACGACAACAACAGCAGAGCCUACAACAACAACAGUGUCACCAACCACCACCACAAUUGUCCCAACGACAUCAACAACACAGCCUACGACCAACACCACAGUUGCCACCACCACAGUUGCCCCAACAACAACAACAACAACAACAGCAGUGUCUACGACAACAACAGUGGCACCGAUCACCACCACAGUUGCCCCAACAACAAAAACAGCACAGUCAACGAAAACCAGAGUGUCACCGACCACCACCAUAGUUGCCCCGACGACAACAACAGCACAGUCUACGACAACGACAGUGGCAUGGACAACCACCACAGUUAACCCAACGACAACAACAGCACAGCCUACGACAACGACAGUGGCACAGACCACCACCACAGUUGCCCCAACGACAACAACAGCACAGUCUACAACAACAACAGUGGCACCGACCACAACCACAGCUGCCCCAACGACAAGAGCAGCAGAGCCUUCGACAACGACAGUGGCACAGACCACCACCACAGUUGCCUCGACGACAACAACAGCACAGUCUACGACAACGACAGUGGCACAGGCCACCACCACAGUUGCCCCAACGACAACAACAGCAGAGCCUACGACAACCAGAGUGUCACCGACCACCACCACAGUUGCCCCGAUGACAACAACAGCACAGUCUACGACAACGACAGUGGCACAGACCACCACCACAGUUGGCCCAACGACAACAACAGCACAGCCUACGACAACGACAGUGGCACAGACCACCACCACAGUUGCCCCAACGACAACAACAGCACAGUCUACAACAACAACAGUGGCACCGACCACAACCACAGCUGCCCCAACGACAAGAGCAGCAGAGCCUUCGACAACGACAGUGGCACAGACCAACACCACAGUUGCCUCGACGACAACAACAGCACACUGCCCCAACGACAACAGCAGUAGAGCCUACGACAACAACAGUGGCACAGACCACCACCACAGUUACCCCGACGACAACAACAGCACAGUCUACGACAACGACAGCGCCACCGACCACCACAACAGUUCCCCCAACUACAACCACUGCAAUGCCUACGACAACAACAGUGUCAGCGACCACCGACACAGUUGCCACAACGACAACAACAGCAGAGCCUACAACAGUGUCACUGACCACAACCACAGUUUCCCCAACGUCAAUAGCAGCACAGCCUACGACAACGACAGUGGCACCGACCACCACCACAAUUGCCCCAACGACAACAACAGCAGAGCCUACAACAACGACAGUAGUUUCACCGACCACCACCACAGUUGCCCCGACAACAACAAGAGCACAGUCUACGACAACGACAGUGGCACCGACCACCACCACAGUUGCCCCAACGACAACAACAGCACAGCCUACGACAACGACAGUGGCACAGACCACCACCACAGUUGCCCCAACGACAACAACAGCACAGUCUAUGACAACGAGAGUGUCACCGACCACCACCACAGUUGCCCCAAAGACAACAACAGCAAAGUCUACAACAACGACAGUGGCACCGACCACCACCACAAUUACCCCAACGACAACAACAGCAGAGCCUACAACAACGACACAGAGCCUACGACAACAACAGUGGCACCGAUCACCACCACAGUUGCCCCAACGACAAAAACAGCACAGUCUACGACAACCAGAGUGUCACCGACCACCACCAUAGUUGCCCUGACGACAACAACAGCACAGUCUACGACAACAACAGUGUCACCAACCACCACCACAGUUAACCCAACGACAACAACAGCACAGCCUACGACAACGACAGUGGCACAGACCACCACCACAGUUGCCCCAACGACAACCACAGCACAGUCUACAACAACAACAGUGGCACCGACCACAACCACAGCUGCCCCAACGACAACAGCAGCAGAGCCUACGACAAUGACAGUGGCACCGACCACCACCACAGUUGCCCCAACGGCAACCACUGCACUGCCUACGACAACAACAGUGUCACCGACCACCGACACAGUUGCCCCAACGACAACAACAGCAGAGCCUAUAAUGGUGUCACUGACCACCACCACAGUUUCCCCAACGUCAAUACCAGCACAGCCUACGACAACGACAGUGUCACCAACCACCACCACAAUUGUCCCAACGACAUCAACAACACAGCCUACGACCACCAUCACAGUUGCCACCACCACAGUUGCCCCAACGACAACAACAACAGAGCCUACGACAACAACAGUGGCAACGAUCACCACCACAGUUGCCCCAAUGACAAAAACAGCACAGUCUACGAAAACCAGAGUGUCACCGACCACCACCAUAGUUGCCCCGACGACAACAACAGCACAGUCUACGACAACGACAGUGGCACCGACCACCACCACAGUUAACCCAACGACAACAACAGCACAGCCUGCGACAACGACAGUGGCACUGACCACAACCACAGCUGCCCCAACGACAACAGCAGCAGAGCCUACGACAACGACAGUGGCACAGACCACCACCACAGUUGCCCCGACGACAACAAAAGCACAGUCUACGACGACGACAGUGGCACCGACCACCACCACAGUUGCCCCGACGACAACAACAGCACAGUCUACGACAACGACAGUGGCACCGACCACCACCACAGUUAACCCAACGACAACAACAGCACAGCCUACGACAACGACAGUGGCACAGACCACCACCACAAUUACCCCAACGACAACAACAGCAGAGCCUACAACAGUGUCACUGACCACCACCACAGUUUCCCCAACUUGCCCCAAAGACAACAACAGCAGAGCCUACGACAACCAGAGUUUCACCGACCACCACCACAGUUGCCCCGACGACAACAAGAGCACAGUCUACGACAACGACAGUGGCACCGACCACCACCACAGUUGCCCCAACGACAACAACAGCACAGCCUACGACAACGACAGUGGCACAGACCACCACCACAGUUGCCCCAACGACAACAACAGCACAGUCUAUGACAACGAGAGUGUCACCGACCACCACCACAGUUGCCCCAAAGACAACAACAGCAAAGUCUACAACAACGACAGUGGCACCGACCACCACCACAAUUACCCCAACGACAACAACAGCAGAGCCUACAACAACGACAGUGUCACCAACCACCACCACAAUUGUCCCAACGACAUCAACAACACAGCCUACGACCACCACCACAUCUACGACAACCAGAGUGUCAACGACCACCACCAUAGUUGCCCUGACGACAAAAACAGCACAGUCUACGACAACGACAGUGGCACAGACCACCACCACAGUUGCCCCAACGACAACCACAGCACAGUCUACAACAACAACAGUGGCACCGACCACAACCACAGCUGCCCCAACGACAACAGCAGCAGAGCCUACGACAACGACAGUGGCACCGACCACCACCACAGUUGCCCCAACGGCAACCACUGCACUGCCUACGACAACAACAGUGUCACCGACCACCGACACAGUUGCCCCAACGACAACAACAGCAGAGCCUAUAAUGGUGUCACUGACCACCACCACAGUUUCCCCAACGUCAAUACCAGCACAGCCUACGACAACGACAGUGUCACCAACCACCACCACAAUUGUCCCAACGACAUCAACAACACAGCCUACGACCACCACCACAUUAACCCAACGACAACAACAGCACAGCCUACGACAACGACAGUGGCACAGACCACCACCACAGUUGCCCCAACGACAACAACAGCACAGUCUACAACAACAACAGUGGCACCGACCACAACCACAGCUGCCCCAAUGACAACAGCAGCAGAGCCUACGACAACGACAGCGCCACCGACCACCACCACAGUUGCCCCAACGGCAACCACUGCACUGCCUACGACAACAACAGUGUCACCGACCACCGACACAGUUGCCCCAACGACAACAACAGCAGAGCCUAUAAUGGUGUCACUGACCACCACCACAGUUUCCCCAACGUCAAUACCAGCACAGCCUACGACAACGACAGAGGCACCGACCACCACCACAAUUGCCCAAACGACAACAACAGCAGAGCCUACAACAACGACAGUGUCACCAACCACCACCACAAUUGUCCCAACGACAUCAACAACACAGCCUACGACCACCAUCACAGUUGCCACCACCACAGUUGCCCCAACGACAACAACAACAGAGCCUACGACAACAACAGUGGCACCGAUCACCACCACAGUUGCCCCAUGGACAAAAACAGCACAGUCUACGAAAACCAGAGUGUCACCGACCACCACCAUAGUUGCCCCGACGACAACAACAGCACAGUCUAUGACAACGACAGUGGCACCGACCACCACCACAGUUAACCCAACGACAACAACAGCGCAGCCUGCGACAACGACAGUGGCACCGACCACAACCACAGCUGCCCCAACAACAACAGCAGCAGAGCCUACGACAACGACAGUGGCACAGACCACCACCACAGUUGGCCCAACGACAACAACAGCACAGUCUACAACAACAACAGUGGCACCGACCACAACCACAGCUGCCCCAACGACAACCGCAGCAGAGUCUACGACAAUGACAGUGGCACAGACCACCACCACAGUUGCCCCGACGACAACAACAGCACAGUCUACGACAGUGUCACUGACCACCACCACAGUUUCCCCAACGUCAUUAGCAGCACAGCCUACGACAACGACAGUGGCACCGACCACCACCACAAUUGCCCCAAUGACAACAACUGCAGAGCCUACAACAACGACAGUUUGCCCCGACUACAACAACAGCACAGUCUACGACAACGACAGUGGCACCAACCACCACCACAGUUGCCCCAACGACAACAACAGCACAGCCUACGACAACGACAGUAGCACAGACCACCACCACAGUUGCCCCAACGACAACAACAGCACAGCCUACGACAACGACAGUGGCACCGACCACCACCACAGUUGCCCCAACGACAACAACAGCAGAGCCUACAACAACUACAGUGUCACCAACCACCACCACAAUUGUCCCAACGACAUCAACAACACAGCCUACGACGACCACCAUAGUUGCCAUCACCACAGUUGCCAUCACCACCGUUGCCCCAACGACAACAACAGCAGAGCCUACGACAACAACAGUGGCACCGAUCACCACCACAGUUGCCCCAACGACAAAAACAGCACAGUCUACGACAACCAAAGUGUCACCGACCACAACCAUAGUUGCCCUGACGACAACAACAGCACAGUUUACGACAAAGACACCUACGACAAAGACAGUGGCACAGACCACCACCACAGUUGCCACAAUGACAACAACAGCACAGUCUACAACAACGACAGUGGCAUCGACCACCACCACAGUUGCCCCAACAACAACCACUGCACUGCCUACGACAACAACAGUGUCACCGACCACCGACACAGUUGCCCCAACGACAACAACAGCAGAGCCUACAACAGUAUCACUGACCACCACCACAGUUUCCCCAACGUCAAUAGCAGCACAGCCUACGACAACGACAGUGGCACCGACCACCACCACAAUUGCCCCAACGACAACAACAGCAGAGCCUACAACAACGACAGUGUCACCAACCACCACCACAAUUGUCCCAACGACAUCAACAACACAGCCUACGACCACCACCACAUUUGCCACCACCACAGUUGCCCCAACGACAACAACAGCAGAGCCUACGACAACCAGAGUGUCACCGACCACCACCACAGUUGCCCCGACGACAACAACAGCACAGUCUACGACAACGACAGUGGCACCAACCACCACAGUUGCCCCAACGACAACAACAGCACAGCCUACGACAACGACAGUGGCACAGACCACCACCACAGUUGCCCCAACGACAACAACAGCACAGUCUACGACAACGAGAGUGUCACCGACCACCGCCACAAUUGUCCCAACAACAACAACAGCAGAGCCUACAACAACGACAGUGUCACCAACCACCACCACAAUUGUCCCAACGACAUCAACAACACAGCCUAUGACCACCACCGCCAUUGCCACCACCACAGUUGCCCCAACGACAACAACAGCAGAGCCUACAACAGUGUCACUGACCACCACCAGAGUUUCCCCAACGUCAUUAGCAGCACAGCCUACGACAACGUCAGUGGCACCGACCACCACCACAAUUGCCGCAAUGACAACAACAGCAGAGCCUACAACAGCGACAGUAGUGUCACCGACCACCACCGCAGUUGCCCCGACUACAACAACAGCACAGUCUACGACAACGACAGUGGCACCGACUACCACAGUUGCCCCAACGACAACAACAGCACAGCCUACGACAACGACAGUAGCACAGACCACCACCACAGUUUCCCCAACGACAACAACAGCACAGUCUAUGACAACAAGAGUGUCACCGACCACCACCACAGUUGCCCCAAAGACAACAACAGCAAAGUCUACAACAUCGACAGUGGCACCAACCACCACCACAAUUGCCCCAACGACAACAACAGCAGAGCCUACAACAACGACAGUGUCACCAACCACCACCACAAUUGUCCCAACGACAUCAACAACUCAGCCUACGACCACCACCACAGUUGCCAUCACCACAGUUGCCCCAACGACAAAAACUGCACAGUCUACGACAACCAGAGUGUCACCGACCACAACCAUAGUUGCCCUGACGACAACAACAGCACAGUCUACGACAAAGACAGUGGCACCGACCACCACUACAAUUAA